AUGCUGCAAGCGUCCUCGGCACUGUAUGGUCCUGGCAGAGGAUGUCCGCAGCCGCACAAACGGCCUACACCUCCACUCACCACCUCGCUACGAUCAUCCCGCAUGAUAGAAUCAUGUCUUCUUGCUCUGUUUCUUUGCCUUGGCCUGUUCCGCGUGCUUUGGGCCCAAAGUCUCCAUUUCCUUCUCGUCCCAGCCGUUGCCGCCAAGCUUGGGCAAGAAUUUGCCAACACGCUUCUGAUACAGACUGUAUUCGGGAUACUUGCCUCCGCUUAUGCGCUCAGUGAGCGGUGUACUUCCUUGAAAGACGAGAAGGUAGGCAAUGGCACCGCAGCACGUCCAGUUGUACAUUGUGUCAGACUGGAAGCAGGACCACUGAUAGAGGAUGACCCAUAA